GCGCAUCAACUUAUUUCUACGCCUUUUGAGGUCACACCAGAGCAGAAACCCUAAAUCACAAAUGACUGAUCUAACUAAUUCAUUUCCGAAAUCCGACACUUCAAGGUGAUUCAACGCUUCUAUUUCACUUCCUGUUUCCAUUCAUGGUUGUUUAAUUAUAUGUUCAAUUCAAUUUUAGGUUUAACUUGGUAGCUGUUUUUAGUUUUAUGUAAUUUGCUUAAAAUUGUGUUGUUUGAUGCAAGAUCAAUGUUGAGUGAAAAAAGAAAAUUUGGUUUUGUUGAAUAUGCGUAAUGCUUGUUUCUUUUUGCGAUGAAGAAGGAUUGUAGUGUGAAGUAUAUGUAUAGGUUAUUUGAGGAUCUUUAGUAGAAUUUUCAAGAAAGUGAAUGCCCUUUUUGGCUAUGUUUAGUUUUGAGCUGAUGUAUGAGUAGAAUUUGGAAGAACGAGUAGUUUGUUUCUGGUGAGUUUGUGAGAUUGUUGUUGUGGGAAGAGUUUAACAAUCUUUUGUUAAGAGAGUUGGGGCCUGUGGGUGAGUACAACAAUGGAAACCCUGAUCUCAGAUGGUUCGGUUUCAAAGAGGACAUUGAGGAAGAAAGUAGGUCCGCGAAGUUACAAUGAAAAUUUAAUGGAUGAGCUGAUAGAGAAGCAUAUAGGUGGUAUAUCAAAGAAAAAAAAUAGAACUAAGGAGGAUUUGGAGAAGGAGACUGAAACUGAGGCUAUGAUAGCAUUAUCUUUGGGGUUUCCAAUUGAUGCUUUGCUUGAAGACGAAAUUAAGGCUGGAGUAGUAAGAGUAGUAGGUGGGAAAGAGCAGAAUGAUUACAUUGUUGUGAGGAAUCAUAUUCUUGCCAGGUGGAGAAGUAAUGUUAGAUUGUGGCUUACAAAAGGGCAGAUAAAGGAAACUGUUAGUAAUGAGUAUGAACAUUUGAUAAGCUCGGCUUAUGAUUUUCUUCUCUAUAAUGGGUAUAUCAAUUUCGGGGUUUCACCGUCAUUUACAGCAUAUAUGCCUGAGGAAGUAAAUGAAGGAACUGUGAUAAUUGUUGGUGCUGGAUUAGCUGGGUUAGCGGCAGCCAGGCAGCUUAUGUCAUUUGGUUUCAGGGUUGUUAUUUUAGAGGGUAGGAGUCGGCCUGGAGGUAGAGUUUAUACACAGAAGAUGGGUAAGAAGGGUAAAUAUGCAGCUGCAGAUCUUGGUGGUAGUGUCAUAACUGGACUUCAUGCUAACCCGCUUGGGGUUUUGGCCAGGCAACUUUCUAUUCCCCUUCAUAAAGUUAGGGAUAAGUGUCCUUUGUACAAUCCGGAUGGAGCACCAGUUGCUGAGGAAAUUGAUACCAAGAUUGAAUUUAUCUUCAACAAGUUGCUUGACAAAGUCAUGGAACUGAGAAAAUUAAUGGGUGGAUUGGCAAAUGAUGUUUCUCUGGGUUCAGUUUUGGAGACACUCAGGCAACUAUACACUGUGGCUAGAAGUAAUGAUGAAAGGAGGCUUCUUGAUUGGCACCUUGCUAAUUUGGAAUAUGCAAAUGCUGGAUGUCUCUCAUAUCUGUCAGCUGCCUAUUGGGAUCAGGAUGAUCCUUAUGAAAUGGGGGGAGACCACUGUUUUCUUGCUGGAGGGAAUGGGAGACUGAUAAAAGCAUUAUGUGAUGGAGUUCCCAUAUUCUAUGAAAAGACUGUCAAUACCAUAAGAUAUGGAAAUGAAGGGGUUGAGGUGAUUGCAGGUGACCAAGUGUUUCAAGCAGAUAUAGUCCUAUGUACUGUGCCUCUUGGAGUUCUGAAGAAAGGGACAAUAAAAUUUGAACCAGAGUUACCUCAGAGAAAGCUUGCAGCAAUUGAGCGAUUGGGUUUUGGACUCCUAAAUAAAGUUGCCAUGGUUUUCCCGCAUGUAUUUUGGGGGGAAGAACUAGACACAUUUGGAUGUCUAAAUGAACAUAGCAGUAGACGUGGAGAAUUCUUUUUGUUCUAUGGUUACCAUACUGUUUCUGGAGGUCCAGUAUUAAUUGCGCUGGUGGCUGGAGAAGCUGCACAAAGUUUUGAAAGCACAGAUCCAUCCACUUUACUCCAUCGUGUUUUAAGUGUACUUAGAGGUAUAUAUAAACCAAAAGGCAUUGAUGUGCCUAAUCCCAUACAAACAAUAUGUACAAGGUGGGGAAAUGAUCCCUUUGCCUAUGGUUCAUACUCUCAUAUUAGGGUACAGUCAUCUGGUAGUGAUUAUGAUAUACUUGCUGAGAGUGUGGGAAGCCGGCUGUUCUUUGCUGGAGAGGCCACAACUAGGCAAUAUCCAGCCACCAUGCAUGGAGCCUAUUUGAGUGGCUUAAGAGAAGCUUCACGCAUUUUGCGAGCCUCAAGAUGUAUGAAUAAUAGUUUUAGGAGGUCUGUUCAAAGGAAUGUUGGAUCAAGCCACGAUAUGCUGGUAGAUCUGUUCAGGAGACCUGAUUCAGCUUUUGCAAAUUACAUGUUUGUAUUCAAUCCUUUAACAGAAGACCCAAAAUCCAUGGGGCUAAUGAGAGUUACAUUUGAUAGUGCAAGAGCGGAUUCUAGAAAGAUUGUGGAGAACAUUGACCAGCCAUUGCAGCUGUACACAGUGUUAUCUCGUGAGCAGGCAUAUGAGCUGCAACAGGAUGAAAGUCAGCUUUCCUAUCUGAUUAAUAAUCUUGGGUUGAAGCUAAUGGGAUCUAGCGCCUUAAUAAGCACUCAUAACUCUUUAAUUGCUAAUAUUGCUAGUGCAAGAAAAGGCAGGGGCCGAAACCGCAUUUCUGUUGUAUAACAGCUUGCCAUGUAGACAUGAUUUUAGGUAAUUCGGAUACUUAUCACUUCAGUAUGAGAGUCUAGUAAUGUAUGCAUAGGCUCCAUAAAAAAGAUUCUGAAAGUUGGUGUGCCUUUCCCUUCUCAGGUGCAAAUUUUUUGUAUAUAAUUGAUCCAGUUAGGUUAUUCAUUAACUUGGAGAGAGAUAAGUUCCUUGGAGUUUGACUGGGAAAGCUCAUCCAUAUGUUUGUUGUAGAAGACUUCAGGCCUUGAGAGUGACCAGUUUGUUAAAUGGUCCAUCAUAUAGCUUUGUAGUGACAGACUGGUUGUAGCUCAAACUUCAUUGUUGGAAAUUAUUGUAAUUUUUGGGACUUCUUGACCUGGCAAAUUCAUAUUACAUUUUUAU